UUUUGGUGUAACUGUAGAGUAUUUUCCUUCAUAUGGAUUAAAACAUGAAAAUAAACUAAAAAUAAAACUUUCCAGAUAUACAAUAAUACUCUUACAGUAAACAUUAAAUUUUUAAUCUCACUUCUAUUCCAUUUAAUCUCAGUGCUGUCUCAGAGAAACUGUAGAUAUUUAUUCUAAGUGCUGUAGUGUGUAUAACUCUCCUCACCCCUGCACACAGAUACACCAGGGUUUGAUUCACCCAACAGACCGUUUCCUCUUUGUCUCUGGUCUGAUACACAAUGCUUCAGUUUACAACUCUCUCUGUGUUUCUCUGUGUCAUGGGUUUGCUCUCAGAGACUCUGAGCUCUUUAACUUUGGAGGCAGAAGCUGGAGAUAACGUCACUAUUUGGUGCCAACAUGAUCUGAAACGUCCAGAAAAGAUCUUCUGGUUUAAACACAUGUGUGAUUCAGUUCCACUUCUUCUUGGGUGUAAAAGGUUUUUGACAUCAGCUCCAUCAGAAAAUUGUGUGUUCUUUAGUGAGAGUGAGAGAAUAGUGAUGUCUGUUCAUGGCAGUAAAACGUCUCUCACAAUCACUGCAGUAAACGUCUCUGAUACAGGACUCUAUUACUGCAGCUUCACUGAGAGAAUGAUCUUCAGAAACUCCACCUAUUUACACGUGAAAGGGCAAAAGAAAACACUUUCUGAAAACCAAGACAGAGGAAAAGGUUCUGUGUCUCCUGCUGUGUUCUUCAUGCUGAUUGUGGUGUUUGGUGCAGUGAUUGUGUUUCUUCUCACUGUCCUGAUCUUCAUCAUACUGAAACACAGAAAAACACACAGAGGUGCUGACACUGAAGCUCAAGAUAAAGAGGUUUCUGACUCGGACUCUGUGAAUUACGCUGCACUUCAGUUCUCUAAGAAGAAAACCAAGAGGGACAAGAGACACGAUGUAAAGGAGGAUCCACAUGUUGUGUAUUCUUCAGUGGGACAGAGGAAUGUGUGAACAUAAUGUCACAUAUCAUUUACUGCUUACUUCAUAUGACACUGAUGUUUCUGAAAUCACAUUUACAGACUCAGUAUUAUUAUAUAACUGCAAGAUCUUCAGGAUUCUGUACAUUUAUUUUUUUUACUUGAAAUCCAGUAUCAAAUCUGUUACUUUAUCGUCCAGUGUAAUAAAAUAUUCAGGGGCAAAUUAAUUAUUUCUUUGUUUUGGUCUAAUAAAAUAACAGAUUU